AUGAGAGUAACACAACCUGUGGGGAUUGUAUAAAUGACUAAUAUUGCAAUCAUUAAAUAUCGUACUAACAACAACUAAAAAUUCGAAAUAGCCUGCUAUAAAAAUAAAGCUAUAAAUUGGAGAAAUGGUGUUGAGAAAGAUUUAAAUGAUGUUCUCUAAGUCUAUGAGGUAUUCACAAAUGCCACAAAAGGAGACGUUGCAUCAGGAAAAGAGUUAUUAAAUUGCUUUUAAACAAAUAAUAAGGAUCAGAUUAUUAAAAUAAUCUUGCAAAAGGGAGACCUUCAAGUAGGAGAUAAGGAAAGAGAAGCCUAAUUGGAGCAUUAUUAUAGGGACAUAGUCAAAUUCAUAUAGGAAAAAUGUAUCCAUGCCAUAUCUGGUAGACAACUUACACAAUAAUCAAUUGAGUAUGCGAUUUCGAAGGUGUAAUUUGUUGUCAAGACUGAUAAGCCUGUUAAAUUAUAGGCUUUGCAAUGCAUUAAAAAACUUAAGGAGAGUUUUUUCAUUCAAAGAGCUCCAAUGAAAGUAUCCAUCUCAUUUAUUGAUGAAUAAAUGGAAUUGGUGCAUAUGAUGUUAGAAGAACUAGGACUCUAUGAUAUUGAUCAAUAGAACAAUAAAUUCAUUUUUAUGAUUGAUCCUAAAUUAUUUAGAACUUUGUCAAAUAGAGUUAAUGAAAAAUAAUUUAAAAGCACUUUAGAGGUAAUUGAAGCAGCAAUUAAAUAAUAAAUUGAUGGAAUUGAUAACAUAGCCCAAGUUGAGUUGUAAUAGAGAUUACAAUAAUUGUAAAUCUCUGACUCAGAGGAAUCUGAUGAUGAAUAAUAUUAAAAGUAAAAAGAUAAAAGCCUCAAAAAAAAUAAGCAAUAAAAAAAGCAAUAAAUUCAAUAAUAGUAACAUAUGAAAAAGUAAGUUGAAGAGGAUGAGUAGAAUCAAUUAAAAUAAAUUUAAUAGUAAUAACAAAGAGAAAAUGCAAUAAGUGAUAUGAUUAAACAAUUUAAGUGUACUUAAUGUUUGAUCUCGUUUGAUACUAAUCAAUAAUUUAGAUAGCAUUAUAAAACAAAUUGGCAUCUCUAUAAUAGUAAGUUUAAAUAAAGUGGAAAGAUAUGUUUAUCUUAUAAGAAGUUCUAGGAUAGUUAAUUCUAAUUUAAAAUGUUCAAAUGA